UCUCGGUUCCCUUGGGCCUGUCAGCGAACCACUGCAGGCGGGGGGACUGGAGGUCGGCGGGAAGCAGGAAGAUUGUGCAGGACCUUACUGGGGAGUUUGCGGGAAGAAAAAGGGGCGGGAGCGGGCCUUACCCUGAACCCUGCAUCCCGCUGCCGGACACCCCGCAGCCCGCGGCUCCGAGCCCCAGCACCCCGCAUCUCGCGCCCCGCGCCCCUGGGGCCCGCCUCACCCGGCGUCUGCUCGGGUCCCCCCGCGCACGUUGACGUCGGUCGCGGGGCCGCCCGGAGCUCCCGGCAUUGGCUGGGAAGUCGAUUGUCUGGGGCGGCUGCUGUUACACUUAGGCUGGGUCUCCGAGCCCCGGAGGAAGCAGGCGUGUGUUGAAUUUCUCUUUGACCCUCACGGUGGAAUAAACAGGAAGCGACGAGCACCCAGCCCGGGCUCGGCACUUGCCUUUGUUGUGGGGUCCGCUUUGCUCAGUCGCCAGGAGGCUUCCCCGCGACCCCUACCGGGUGCGCCGCCCGGGGUGGCGUUGGGGGCGCGCCCCCAGUUCAAGCUCUAUAUUUGUAACAUCACACUGCUAUCUCCUGAUUGGACCAUUUUCAAGAACUCACAUCUUUUUCAUACAGCUUAAAAGCAAGGGGAGAGGCGAAGCACAGAGAGCAGCAGAUCAGACCAUACUGAGCUCCCUUAGAGCGGCUGAGACCCGUGGAGGAUGCUGGCUGCCAAGUGGCUGAGGAGGGCCUCACUCUAAGGUGGGAAAGCAGGUCUCAGCGGGACAGCUUCCUCUGCUCCUGGGCUCACCAUGGCCUUCACUCUCUGGCUGGACGGCUGACGUGACUGUGUGCCCCAAGUGUGCACGCUGCUGGACUGGGUGCCGUCCCAGGUACCACCUGCUCUCAGGGUCUGGGAGCAGGACAGGUGGGCAUCAGAUGCUACCAAAAGCCGGACGGGGCAGAGCCAUGGACUCCGACAAGCUAAGAUGGAAGUGACCUGAGGCCUCGCCCAGGCAGUUUUCUCUUGACAGGAUAGCUUAAGAGUUGGAGCACAGGCUUGUCUGGGGAGCAGUAUGCAGGAAGCUGGUUUUCAGGCCACAAAUGCUUUCACAGAGUGCAAAUUCACCUGCACCAGCGGUAAAUGCUUGUAUCUUGGUUCACUGGUCUGUAAUCAACAGAACGACUGUGGGGACAACAGUGAUGAAGAAAAUUGUCUCCUGGUGACCGAGCAUCCACCUCCCGGCAUCUUCAACUCGGAGCUGGAGUUUGCCCAGAUCAUCAUCAUCGUCGUGGUGGUCACGGUGAUGGUUGUGGUCAUUGUCUGCCUACUGAAUCACUACAAAGUCUCCACACGGUCCUUCAUCAACCGCCCACAUCCAAGCAGGAGGCAGGAGGACGGGUCACAACCGGAAGGGCGCCUGUGGCCUUCAGACAGCUCCGGGCCUCGGCCAGGGGCAUCAGAGAUCAUGUAUGCCCCGCGGUCCAGGGACAGGUUUACUGCCCCAUCCUUCAUCCAGAGGGACCGGUUCAGCCGCUUCCAGCCCACCUACCCCUACGUGCAGCACGAGAUCGACCUUCCUCCCACCAUCUCCCUAUCCGAUGGGGAGGAGCCGCCUCCUUACCAGGGGCCCUGCGCCCUGCAGCUCAGGGACCCUGAACAGCAGAGGGAACUCAACCGAGAAUCUGUGAGGGCCCCGCCCAACCGAACCAUAUUCGACAGCGAUUUGAUAGACAUUUCUGUGUACAGUGGGGGCCCGUGUCCGCCGAGUAGCAACUCGGGCAUAAGUGCCAGCACCUGCAGCAGUAACGGGAGGAUGGAGGGGCCGCCCCCGACCUACAGUGAGGUGAUGGGCCACUACCCUGGCGCCUCUUUCUUCCAUCACCAGCACAGCAGCGCACACAGGGGGAGCAGACUGCCAUUUCAGCAGGACAGCUCAGGGGGCACGGUGCUGCCCAUCCAGGGCAAGGACAGGAAGCCUGGGAACCUCGUCUGACCCUCUGACGUGCACUGGAGGAGGCAGAAGCCAAGGAGGGAUGAGGGCCUCAUUGCCUCCGCUCCCAGGCACAGUGUUGUUCUGUUUCACGUGCUACAACGAAGUAAAACCAAAUGUGCAAA